GAAAUUAAACUAAAAUGUGAAAGUUUAGACAUGUCAUAGCUUACGUCUUCUUUUGUUCGAGCUGACUGAAAAUGAACGCAUCCUUAUGUCAUUGCAUACGAUGAACUAGAGCCCAGAAACCAGAAAUCAAACUUACUACUACGUAGUAUAUAUAUCAUUGUAUACCAACACCUGAAAAUCAGAAGUGGCCUUAUUACCCAAACUAUUACUCUGCACGUACGCCAUAAUCGCAUCCAAUGGAAGCAGCAGGGAUCACUCAGUCGACGAAGAAGGUUGCGGUUGUGACUGGAUCCAACAAAGGAAUUGGGCUAGAGAUAUGCAGACAAUUAGCUUCUAAUGGAGUUAUCGUGAUAUUAACAGCAAGAGAUGAGAAUCAGGGUCUUGAAGCCGUGCAAAAUCUCAAAGCUUGUGGACAAUCAGACAUACUUUUUCAUCAGCUUAAUGUGACGAGCCAAACCAGUAUUGCUUCCUUAGCAGAGUUCAUCAAAACCAAAUUCAAGAAGCUUGACAUAUUGGUGAAUAAUGCAGGAGUUUCUGGAACCACGAUUACUCCAGAGGUUCGAAGGGGGCUAAGAUUAGGGAUCGAUUAUAUUGCAGGUCCAGAAGCUAAGAAACUAAGAGAAGUUUUGAAUGAAAGUUGGGAAGUGGCAGAAGCUUGUCUGAGAACAAACUACUACGGAGUAAAGCUUGUGACCGAAGAGCUUAUUCCACUUCUUCAACUAUCAGACUCGCCUAGAAUAGUCAAUGUUUCCUCCACUCGCGGACAACUGCAGCUUAUUUCAAACGAAAAGGCUAAGAAGGAGCUAACUGAUAUUGAAAGCCUCACAGUAGAGAAAGUGGAUGAGUUGGUUCAGGAAUUUGCUAAGGAUUUCAAGGAGGAUACACCGGAAUCCAGAGGAUGGCCCAUCAAUUUUUCUCCUUACAUAGUAUCCAAAGCAGCUCUCAAUGGCUACACAAGGGUUCUGGCAAAGAACUAUCCUAACAUGGCCAUAAAUGCAGUGAGUCCUGGUUUUGUGAAAACAAACCUAAACCAUAACACUGGAAUCUUGACUGUAGAACAAGGUGCAGAAGGGCCUGUGAUGCUGGCUUUGGCUCCUGAUGGUGGGCCUUCUGGAUUGUUCUAUGAUCAAAUGGAAGUCUCAACAUUUUGAAUGGAGGAAUGUAACAGAGCUUAGGAAGUUGAUCUGUUGAUCACUUUUACAUUUCCAUGAAAGAAAGCAAAUAUCUUAUGCUUGUAGCUACUGAUAUAUGUAAUAGAUGUUUUUGAAUAAGAAAAUAAGGCGUCUCCUA